AUGGCUAUUAGAUUCGGGGCGGUCGACGCAAAAACCUUCGACGAACCAUGCACCAAGACUCUUCCUAAGACAGUACCAUUAGUCGAUUGGGUCCAUCCUCUGAGACCAGUAUUCCCGCAGUUUUCGACGUCGUGUGAGGUACAGCUAGAUAAACCAUCGACCAGAGGAUCAACUUCAUGGGCUAUCAAAAAAUUCACCGCCGCCGCCGGGUUGAAAGAGCGCUUCAAACCCCAUGACUUGCGGCAUGGCGCCGGCGUCGACGUUAACAAUCCGCAAGACGUUCCUGUUCGCAACGAGUUCCACACCAAGGAGGCUCUCGGGCAGAGCUGGCACGCUUUCUAG